CAUCAAGGUGCCUCAGAAUUCAAUUAAUACCAUCAGCACUGAAGAUGAGAUCGGAUUUAUGCAAAAGUGCUUUUUGGUCCUGGGCAGGAAGAGCAGGAGCAUGGCAAGUGGUGAUCAUGCAAUAAAUAUGUUGAAUGAAGAAAUGGGUGACUAGAAACCUAGUCAAUAGUACUAGAGACUUCAUCAUGAAAAGGAGGAAGCCCAAAUUGAAGUGAGUUUAAAACUUCAUCUCCAAGAGAGGAUUGUGGCUCAGCCCUGAGUUGAGCACAAUGAAGAAGAACAGUCGGAAGUCUACCACAAGGAACAAUGGGCAAGGUGCCCUCUGCAUCCCGUACUCCCACAACCCAGGAGAGCUCCAAAACAUGCUGGAUGGAGGAGAGUAUGCCCCUUUCGUAUCUCCUCCCGUGCUGGAGAGCAAUUUUAUCCAGGUCAACCGAAGGGGCGAAUCCAUAUACCUCCAUAACCGAGCCAACUGGGUGACUGUAGGCAUCUGUUCUUCCAGUUCUGCACACAAGACCCCCAAUGUGAUGCUGCUGGCACAUCUGACACCCACCACCCCAAAAGACACAGAACUCCUGUUUACGAGUCUCCUGACAUCUUCUACAGAGAAGCUGGUGCUUACCAGGUUUCUCCCCCUGCAGUUUGUGACUCUUUCAGUGCACGAUGCCCAGAACAUGCGCCUCAAGCUGAAGCUGGUGAGCGGUCGAGCCUACUACCUACAGCUCUGCGCCCCUGCGUACAAACAGGACAACUUAUUUUCUCAAUGGAUGGACCUCAUCUCCCUCUUGAAUCAGGAGAAGGUCAAAGCUUCCAAAGUGUCCGAGGUCUCAAGCCUGUCAGGCAUCACGAAUAGCACAGAUAUCACGGGCUCCACGGACAUCAUGGACAUCACGGCAUUCACGGGUGUACAGGCCCCACACAUGUACAUGUACACAGACCCUGUCCACGUCAUGGGCAGCCUGGACUUCUCAGAAUUCACAGACAUCACUGACAUCACGGAUGUCACAGAUAUUCCAGAUAAUGAGGUCACAGAGGUCCCAGAUGUGAGAAUCAUCACCGAAGUCACAGAGGUCAUGGAAGUCCCAGACAACUCUGAUGUCUCAAAAUUCUCAGAGGUCACAGUGGUUUUUGAAAAUGAUGACAUAAUAAGAGCCAAGCAAGAGGAAAAGGGACAAGUGAAUAAUGUUGUGAAGCCUGGGUGUCUACAAGAUUCAAAAACUAAAAAUGAGUUCAAAGAAUCCUCAAAACAUGUCACCAUCUCAAACGUAACACUGACUUUCGAAGAUGAGAGGUGCUUUCAAACUACCUUGAUUCCAGAAGAAAGUGAAGCAAACAAAUCUAAAGAGAUGAGAGAUACGACUUCUGAGGAAAAGACGACUGAUUUUACAAACACAGCUCUCAAGGCUGUAGAAUCCAGGAACUUGAGAACCGAUUCAAACACUUCAGUCUCCCCCUUUCUCAGAGGAACGGAUGUGAGGAAAGAAAGUAAAACAGAAACAGACAAAGUGGAUGGAGAAGCAUCUAACACAACCUAAAGAUUAAUACAAACUACUAAGCUAAAAAAAAAAAAAAAAUCCCAAGCACAAUUCAGAAAAAGACAACACAAGGAGAAAACAAAGCUGUGUCUUUCAUGCGGCAGAAAUAAAAGUUACUAAUCAUUAAGAA